AGGGUUGAGAAAGCGUUGGGAACAGUUCAGUGCCGUGCGCCCUUCAAAACAUAUCACGACGUCACCAUGACGCUUAGCUAGUUUGUAUGAGUCAGCGGUAAAAUGAGAGAGGUUGACGGGAUGUGAGGAUGUGUAGGGAGGUGUGGUUGUAUCUAGCGUUCUUCUUCGUCGUGUGCUUCGGAUCGCACAUACGAGGAAAGCACCACAGGGUGACACGGCACCACAGGCACCACCACCACAAGCACAACGAGAACGUGGACGGGCCUGCGCCACGGCUGCAGCUCUGGGAGCCCGGUGGCGACAUGAAAGGCCUUCGGAGGUCCCUCGCCGAAGAACUGCUGACCCCCUGGGCCGCUGAGCCGCCCUGGCCGGUAAAAAGGGAGGCCGUCGUCGAAGGUGAUCUCAUCCUCGGCGGCCUCAUGAUGGUGCACGAACGCGAAGAUACGAUAACUUGCGGACCGGUUAUGCCGCAAGGUGGCAUCCAAGCCGUCGAGACCAUGCUUUACACCCUAGACAUCAUCAACAAAAGGUUGAGAUACUUUUCCCUCGGCGCCCACAUCCUCGACGAUUGUGACAAGGACACCUACGGACUGGAAAUGGCAGUAGAUUUCAUUAAAGGGUCGAUAAGCAACAUAGACGACGGCGAGUACCAUUGCAACAAAACGCAAGUAAGGAAAGUGAUUUCCGGCGUUGUCGGUGCAGCUUCCAGCGUCACAUCCAUCCAAGUCGCCAACCUGCUCAGGCUGUUCAAAAUACCCCAGGUGUCCUUUUUUUCGACGAGUCCUGAGCUUAGCAACAAGCAAAGAUUCGAAUAUUUUACAAGGACGAUCCCUUCGGACCAUCACCAGGUGAAGGCAAUGGUCGAAAUCGUCAGAAGGCUUGGUUGGAGCUACGUUUCAAUCAUCUACGAAGAGUCCAACUACGGCAUCAAGGCUUUCGAGGAGCUGGAGGGGCUUCUGGCCAAGUACGGAAUUUGCAUAGCGAUUAAGGAAAAACUGGUCAAGGAUUCCGGGGUCGCCGAAGAGAUCGCCUACGACAACAUCGUCUCCAAACUCCUAACCAAACCCAGAGCCAGAGGAGCUAUCAUUUUUGGCUCGGACCAAGAAGUUGCCGGCGUGAUGCGGGCUGUGAGACGUUGCAACGCGACGGGCAUCUUUUCAUGGAUCGGUUCUGACGGAUGGAGUGCGAGGGACCUGGUCUCCUCCGGGAACGAGCCUGAGGUCGAGGGCACCCUCUCUGUCCAGCCUCAGGCCAAUCCAGUCUCCGGUUUUGAGGAAUACUUCCUCAACCUCACUGUAGAGAACAACAAGAGGAACCCUUGGUUUGUCGAGUUCUGGGAAGACCACUUCCAGUGCAAGUACCCGAACAGCUCCAGGACUCCAUACAACAAGAAGUACACGCGUCCUUGCACGACAAAGGAAAGGCUGACAAGAGAGAACACCGCCUUCGAGAACCAGCUGCAGUUCGUCUCUGACGCGGUCAUGGCGCUGGCCGUCGCCAUUCAAGACAUGCACAAAGACCUCUGUACCGACUCUCUCAGUCUUUGUGAAGCUAUGAUACCGACAAAAGGAGCCGAGUUGCUCAAAUACCUAAGAUCAGUGAAUUUCCAAGGGCUUUCCGGUGACAAAUUUCGCUUCGACGCUAACGGAGACGGCCCGGCGAGAUACAACAUCAUACACUUCAAGCAGGUGACAAAGAACAACUACCAAUGGGUCAAAGUAGGCGAGUACGAAGAGGGAUCGCUACGGUUGAACAUGUCAGAGAUACAGUUUAAAUUGCUCCACACACGUCCACCUGAGUCCGUCUGUUCUCUCCCCUGCGAAGUGGGCCAAGCUAAAAAAUACGUUGAAGGGGAGAGCUGCUGCUGGCACUGCUUCAACUGCACACAAUACCAGAUUCGCAAUCCGGAGGACGAGACCCAGUGCGUGAUGUGCCCUUUGGGAACCAUCCCCGACAGAGGCAAAAACAUCUGUUUGGACAUCCCCGAAGCCUUUUUGAGGGUGGAAAGUGCGUGGGCGAUAAGCGCCAUGGCAAUUUCUUCACUCGGCAUUCUGGCCACGCUUUUCGUUAUCGGAGUCUUCAUCCGCCAUAACGAAACCCCAGUAGUAAAAGCAGCCGGGAGGGAGCUCAGUUACGUCCUUCUGAUGGGGAUUCUUCUUUGUUACCUCAUAACGUUUGCCCUCGUUAUCAGGCCGACCAACUUCGUCUGCGGCGUUCAAAGGUUUGGUGCUGGGUUCUGCUUCACUGUCGUUUACGCGGCACUUCUCACAAAAACGAACCGUAUCUCGAGGAUCUUCAACGCGGGUAAGAGGACCGCGAAGAGGCCGAGCUUCAUAAACCCAAAAUCACAGAUACUCAUCUGCUUUGGCCUCGUCUUUAUUCAGGUGCUGAUCAACGUCGUCUGGUGGCUCCUUUCGCCCCCGAAGGCCAUCCAUCACUACCCGACAAGGGAGGACAACUUGCUCGUCUGUUCUUCCUACGUCGACGCCUCAUACAUGAUCGCCUUCGGCUACCCGAUCAUACUAAUCAUAAUAUGCACUAUAUACGCCAUCCUGACCAGGAACAUCCCCGAGGCUUUUAACGAGUCGAAACAUAUUGGUUUUACAAUGUACACUACUUGUGUUAUAUGGUUAGCUUUUGUACCGUUGUACUUCGUUACGGGUAACCAUAUGCCGUUGAGAAUCACGAGUAUGUCAGUCGCAAUCAGCUUAUCGGCCAGUGUCACCAUCGGUUGCCUUUUUUCACCAAAACUUUAUAUAAUAAUAAUUCGACCAGAGAGGAACGUGAGACAGAGCAUGAUGCCGACUUCGCGGUACAGCGGUACGGUCAAGUCCGGCACAUCCGCUAGCGUCAUGGCAGCGACAGUCGCUGUGACGGACACGCACAGGUUGUCUCACAAUUACGUCCACAACGGCGAACAUUCGGGUAGAGGAGCCUCAGACAUGGAGUUGAAAGCCGAAGGGAUCUCUUUUCGUCCGAAGCCGAUUUUGGUGAGCAAGUCGACGCAGACUCUUGCAGAGCCGAGCAACAACAACUGCACCGAGGUGAAAAUAAAUUCAUCUUUAGUCGGCAACGGGCCGCUAACAAGUGACGUGCAGUUGUAGCAUUAAUUGCACACCUUGCUGACCGACUGAGACGCUUUCUCUCUCACCCUUGUACAUAACUACACAUUAACGAACCCUCUUAUAUUUUCAAGCGUUUAUACUUAAUCCAAGAUUAGGUUUCUUUCGGGGAGUACAGGUCUAAUGUGAUGUACAUUGUUUGUAAAUACGCGGAUUUCGUUUCUAAAUAUUUUUCUAAUCGUUAGUCGUUAAGAGCAGAGAAAAGUAGUUUGGCCUAUUCAAUGUCCGAAUGCUGUGAUCUUACCAAAGUACACAUCAUUUAUGAGCCCAAUGAUGAUUACUUUGAUGAUUCAGCCACAUUGUAAAUAUUUUGUAAAUAAAUUAAUAUUAAAAUAGGUAAACAAAAAUCUCAGUGAUCGAUUGCAUUAUUUAUUGUCGUUAACUCUUAUUAUAUAAUAUAUAUCAUACAUGUAUAAUAAAAAAUGUACAUUAUAUUGAUACGGAAAAAUUAUAUUUGUAUGUGAAUAUAAGCGUUUCAAUCGGAUUUACUAAAAUAGAAUGAAAUGCGUCACAAUGUAAUAAGCUCAUGGCCUGUGGUAAUUUGUAAAUAGUAAAUGGUUGUAAAAUCUAUCGGUAUACUUAAGAUAAUAUAUAAAUAUAUAUAAAUUUGACUUUUAUUACCUGUCUAUAUAUAUAUAUAUAUAUAUAUAAAGUUAAUAAUAAUUUAACCAGGCAAAUGUUUGCAGAUAUUAUUGAAAAAAAACUAUUGAAAUGAAACUUGAAUCGUUACAAUUACGCUUAGUUAACGUUGUGAUCGGCAGUAUUGUUUUGUAAUUUGUAAAAAACCGAAAUUAAAUAAAUUUAUCUGUGUUAUUCGCUUGGUCAUUUCUAAACCCAGUCUUUGUUAAUUGUCUUUUAAAAACAUUGUAUUUUAUAUCAUUUACAUACAAAAAAGUCUUAAAUAAUUGUCGGGCAAAGGAAUUCUGUGUUUAGAUCUUCGUUGUUUAUAAACUAUAUGUAAAAUUUUGAAAAAUAAAAAAUAAAAAAAGAAACAAUCCUAA